AGAAGGGAAACUCGAGGGGGGGUUGCAUUUGCACCCCUUCCCCAACAGACAGACGGGGGAGGAUUUGGCACUUGAGAGCUGCUCCCUAUGAGAGUCCCAGAGCUGGCCUACUGCGGGAGGGAAGAGAGGAAGAUGAGGCACUUGAGAGCUACUCCCUACGUGAGAGUCCCAGAGGUGGCCUAGUUUACUCCUCCCUCUCGGGCAGCACCAUGGCCUCAGAGGCACCCUCCGGAUUGUCUCUUCUCUGGGAUAGAGUGGAAAGAGCGGCCGGGCAGCCCCAUCAGGAUCUGUUGCCCUUCCAGGGUCUGGUGACCUUCGAGGAGGUGGCCGUGUAUUUCACGGAGGAGGAAUGGGCCCUGCUGGAUCCUGGCCAAAGAGCUCUGCACAGGGAAGUCAUGGAGGAGAAUUAUGAGACGGUGGCCUCUCUAGAAUCGGACCUCCAUUCAUGUUGGGAAGAAAGAAAAGAUCCCUUUAUCCAGGAUCCCAAAGACAAGGCGACAGCAACAGCAGGUGACCGGCAGAAUGAGAAUUAUACAGAACCACAGAUGGUGCCACUGGUAAUAGCCAAGAGUGAAGGUCAAAAAGAGAUGUUUGGAAAUCACGGAGGACCAAAAAAGUCUGAAAGAAACCUGCCAAAGAAUGGGAGCAAGAAAUCCUCUACUUCUCAUACUUUUCAUCAAAGAACACACACUGGAGAAAUACAAUUUAAAUGCAUGGAAUGUGGAAAGAGCUUCAGUGUAAAAAAUAGCCUUACUUUACAUCACAGAACCCACACCGGGGAGAAGCCAUUUAAAUGCAUGGAAUGUGGAAAGAGCUUCAGUGUAAAAAAUAGCCUUACUUUACAUCACAGAACCCACACAGGGGAGAAACCAUUUAAAUGCAGAGAGUGUGGAAAGAGCUUCAGUGUAAAAAAUAGCCUUACUUUACAUCACAGAACCCACACAGGGGAGAAACCAUUUAAAUGCAGGGAGUGUGGAAAGAGCUUCAGUGGAAGCAGUAGCCUUACUUUACAUGAAAGAACCCACACAGGGGAGAAACCAUUUAAAUGCAGGGAGUGUGGAAAGAGCUUCAGUCAGAGCAGUAGGCUUACUUUACAUGAAAGGACCCACACAGGGGAGAAACCUUUUAAAUGCAGGGAAUGUGGAAAGAGCUUCAGUAGAAGUGGUAACCUUAAAUUACAUCACAGAACCCACACAAGGGAGAAGCCAUUUAAAUGCAAGGAGUGUGGAAAGAGCUUUAGACACAAGUGGUACCUUACAUUACAUGAAAGAACACACACAGGGGAGAAACCAUUUAAAUGCAGGGAGUGUGGAAACAGGUUCAGUCGGAGAGAUAGCCUUACAUUACAUCACAGAACCCACACAGGGGAGAAACCAUUUAAAUGCAGGGAGUGUGGAAGGAGCUUCAGUGUAAGAAGUAGCCUUACUUUACAUGAAAGAACCCACACAGGGGAGAAACCUUUUAAAUGCAGGGAGUGUGGAAAAAGCUUCAGUGGAAGCAGUAGCCUUUCGUUACAUGAAAGAACACACACAGGGGAGAAACCUUUUAAAUGCAGGGAAUGUGGAAAGAGCUUUAGUCUAAGCAAUAGCCUUAAAUUACAUCACAGAACCCACACAGGGGAGAAACCCUUUAAAUGCAAGGAGUGUGGAAAGAGCUUUAGCCACAAGUGGUACCUUACAUUACAUGAAGGAACCCACACAGGCGAGAAACCCUUUAUAUGCAAGGAGUGUGGAAAGAGCUUUAGCCACAAGUGGUACCUUACAUUACACGAAAGAACACACACAGGAGAGAAACCAUUUAAAUGCAGGGAGUGUGGAAAGAGCUUCAGUGCAAAAAAUAACCUUACUUCACAUCACAGAACCCACACAGGAGAGAAACCAUUUAAAUGCAGGGAAUGUGGAAAGAGCUUUAGUCUAAGCAGUAGCCUUAAAUUACAUCAGAGAACCCACACAGGGGAGAAGCCAUUUAAAUGCAGGGAAUGUGGAAACAGCUUCAGUCAGAGCAGUAGCCUUAAAUUACAUCACAGAACCCACACAGGCGAGAAGCCAUUUAAAUGCAAGGAGUGUGGAAAGAGCUUUAGACGCAAGUGGUACCUUACAUUACAUGAAAGAACCCACACAGGCGAGAAACCAUUUAAAUGCAUGGAGUGUGGACAGAGCUUCAGUCAGAGCAGUAAACUUACUUUACAUCACCAAACACACACAGGGGAGAAACCCUUUAAAUGCAUGCAGUGUGGACAGAGCUUUAGAUACAAGUGGUACCUUAGAUUACAUGAAAGAACCCACACAGGCGAGAAUCCAUUUAAAUGCAUGGAGUGUGGACAGAGCUUCAGUCAGAGCCGUAAACUUACUUUACAUCACCGAACACACACAGGGGAGAAAGCCUUUAAAUGCAUGGAGUGUGGACAGAGCUUUAGUCAGAGAGGUAAGCUUACUUCGCAUCAAAGAACCCACACAGGGGAGAAACCAUUUACAUGCAGGGAGUGUGGAAAGAGCUUCAGGGUAAAGAAUAACCUUACUUCACAUCAAAGAACCCACACAGGGGAGAAACCAUUUAAAUGCAGGGAGUGUGGAAAGAGCUUCAGGGUAAAGAAUAACCUUACUUCACAUCAAAGGACCCACACAGGGGAGAAGCCAUUUAAAUGCAUGGAGUGUGGAAAGAGCUUCAGUCAGAGCGGUAACCUUACUUCGCAUCAGAGAACCCACACAGGGGAGAAACCAUUUAAAUGCAGGGAGUGUGGAAAGAGCUUCAGGGUAAAGAAUAACCUUACUUCACAUCAAAGAACACACACAGGGGAGAAACCAUUUAAAUGCAGGGAGUGUGGAAAGAGCUUCAGGGUAAAGGAUAACCUUACUUCACAUGAAAGGACCCACACAGGGGAGAAACCCUUUAAAUGCAUGGAGUGUGGAAAGAGCUUCAGUCAGAGCAGUAGCCUUAAAUUACAUCAAAGAACCCACACAGGGGAGAAACCAUUUAAAUGCAGGGGAUGUGGAAAGAGCUUCCGUCGGAAUGAUCAACUUACAUUACAUGAAAGAACCCACACAGAGGAGAAACAAUUUAAAUGCAGGGAGUAUGGAAAGAGAUUUAGUCAGAAUGGUCACCUUAGAUCACAUGAAAGAACCCACACGGGAGAAACCAUUUAAAUGGACAGAUAUUUAUUCCUGUCUCUGGGAUUCUAAAAUGUUUUUAAUUUUUUUGCGUAUGAAACAUUUUUUUAUUUGUUUUUAUUGUUGAUAUUUUUGACACACUUUAUGAGAAAUGAUUUAUAAAUGAAAAUAAACAAUGGCUAGUCCUUUUUUGUGAUGGCCACUUUACCAAGUGUUUUCAUUCAGUUUAGUUUAGCAUACCUUUAA